AUGAAGGGAUAUUCUUCUUUGACAGCAUAUGUCUUUCCCCUGAAGCUCCAGUGGCUGAGUCGAAUACCGUACUUGAACCCCGACAAGUUCUUAGCAGACGCGUUCAGCAAAGUGAACCACCCAGACUUUGCGCUAGCUGAUCCCUCGAGUAUCGUCGAGCGAGCUUUACCAGAAAAGCUUCCACUCACCGUCACCAAGAUCCUACCUAGACUCCGCGAAGGAGGUGCAUUUGUGAAGUUCUCACAUAACGGAGGAAUUCGCGCAGAAGAAUUAGAGAGUACGCUCAAAGCGUAUCUAGACGAGAAACCUAUCACCCCAUGGUUCAAUCCGUUUCGACGAGUACGAGCCUUCUUGGUUCAGGGCAAACCGUGGAUCGAAGACUUGUACCGUAUUCCAAGUUCCAGGAUCAAGGUAGAAUUCCUGCCGACGUCGCCUGAGACUUCGGCGGCCGAGUUAACACAAGAAACGUUGUAUUCUUUGUUUCGCAGAUACGGUAAACUGGCUGAAAUUGGUCAGCAACCUUCCGACUCGAAAGUUCUCCCGAGAUAUGCAUACAUUGACUACACGAGGAUCAGGUUUGCGACUGCGGCAAAGAAUUGCAUGCAUGGCUAUAUUGUCCGCGCGGAGGAGGGUGGUGGUAAGGCCGGUACUCUUCUGAAACUUAGCUAUGAACCCAAGAUGAAAAGCCAUUGGAUUUGGGAUUGGAUAACGGGACAUCCCAGGAUUGUUAUUCCACUGGUGGUGGCAUUAUUGACGGCAGCAUCUGUCGCCGUUUUCGACCCAAUCAGAACCUUCUUCAUCAGAAUGCAUAUCACUCGCGGUCUUCAUCUGGAAUAUCAGCCACUGUUCAAAUGGAUUAAAGGCUGGCUUUCUCGAGGAUACGACAUCAUCAGGUUGCGAAAAACAAGGGAUGAUGGCGAGAGUCUGAAACUCAUCUGGGAAGAUCGUCAAGGCGCAAUCAAUCAGUUGAAAACAUGGAUGAUGGAGACAGCGGACACCUUUAUUGUCGUUCAGGGACCACGAGGAGCCGGUAAGAAAGAGCUGGUGAUGGAUCAAGCGUUGAAAGAUCGGCCGUAUAAGCUGGUAAUCGACUGCAAGAGAAUCCAGGAAGCUCGUGGGGACAGUCAAACCAUUGCUGCCGCAGCAGCGGAGGUCGGUUACCGACCAGUAUUCUCGUGGAUGAACAGCAUCAGCAGCAUGAUUGAUCUUGCUGCAAUGGGCACCAUCGGUACAAAGGCCGGCUUUUCAGAAACCUUGGACACUCAGUUGGCCAAGAUUUGGGGCAACACCACGACGGCGUUGAAGCAGAUUGCAUUGGCUCCACGGAAGAAGGACGAUAAGGACGCCCAGAUGUCCGAUGACGAAUGGUUGGAAGCCCACCCGGAACACCGACCGGUGGUGGUCAUUGACAACUUUUUGCACAAGAGCAACGAAGGAGCAGCGAGCAUGGUAUAUGAUAAAUUGGGUGAAUGGGCCGCCAUUUUGACCACCCAGAAUAUCGCACAUGUCAUUUUCCUGACGACCGAUGUCUCGUUUUCGAAAUCUCUGAGCAAAGCUUUGCCCGAUAGGGUUUUCCGCCAGAUCACGCUGAGCGACUGUAUUCCUGAUGUUGCCAAAAGGCUUGUGAUUCAACAUCUCGAUGCCGAGAGUGAAGAGGGAACAGCAGCUCUCGGUAAUGAGAAGGUCACCCCUUCACAGUUAAGGAGCGAUUUAGAUGAGCUAGAUAGUGUCAUUCAAGUCCUGGGGGGACGACUGACCGACUUGGAGUUUCUUGCCCGAAGGAUAAAAACUGGCGAAUCGCCAGGGAAAGCUGUGCGGCAAAUAAUCGAACAAUCUGCGUCAGAGAUUUUAAAGAUGUACCUUCUCGACGUUGACGUUUCUAGCCGGAAAUGGACACCGCAGCAAGCCUGGCUAUUGGUCAAAGAAUUGGCAGCAAAAGAGACUCUCCGGUACAAUGAACUUCUGCUCAAUGAUCUGUUCAAGGACGGUGAAGUCGUUCUCCACGCUCUGGAACAGGCAGAGCUGAUCGCCAUCACAUCCAAAAACGGACGUCCCUAUAGCAUCAGACCGGGGAAACCUGUUUAUCAAUCGGCAUUUGAAUACCUUACGGACGAUGAAGUUCUGAAGGCGAGACUUGAUCUAGCAAUCUUGACGCAGUUGAUCGGAAUGGAGAACAAGAACGUGGAGAAAUACGAGACCGAACUGAAGACUCUGGCCGGGUUGCCUGGAACACCAAGUGAAUUGAAGCCACGGAUAAAAUGGUGUUUGGAAAAGGCGAUGGCAAGCCAUGCGAAGAUUCAGAAAUACGAGGACCAAAGUGGUAAGCUCAAGAAGGUGCUCACGGACCAGUUUUGA